AUGAACAGUAGUGGAAACCCUAGCAGCAGCGGUGUAGGCGGUGGAGGAUCAGGACCGUGCGGUGCGUGCAAGUUCUUGAGACGGAAGUGCGUCGCCGGUUGCAUCUUCGCACCUUACUUCGACUCGGAGCAAGGAGCGGCUCACUUCGCGGCGGUUCACAAGGUGUUCGGAGCGAGCAACGUCUCCAAACUCCUCAACCAUGUCCCCGAACAUAAACGACCAGACGCAGUCGUUUGCAUAUGUUUCGAAGCCCAGUCUCGUCUCCGAGACCCUGUUUACGGCUGCGUGUUAAGUUUGCAAAAUGAGCUUUCAUAUCUACAAGCACACUUAGCAACUCUAGAGCUGCCACAACCACCGCCAGCUCCAGCGACUUCUUCCGGAUCUCCGCCGCCUUUUUCGAUAUCGGACCUCCCCACAAUAUCAACGUCGUCGGUGUACGACCUCUCCUCCAUCUUCGAGCCCAUGUCGUCCAUGUGGGGCAUGCAGCAACAGCAACCACGACCGUCCGAUCAAUUUUUUGGCGUGCCAUCAUCGUCCAGUAUAGGCAGUGGCGGCGGCGAGUUCCAAGCUCUGCCGCGUGAGUUUAUUCACGGUGAUCAAAUGCCAUCUCAGCCACCGCCGGGGACCAGUGGCUCUGCCUCAAGAGUGAUAAAACGAGAAUGA